CACCCACUCCUCCUCGGCGGGCGUCCAUGUGCACGUCGCUGCGGCGUCCCCUCCUGCAAAUAUCCGUAUCGUGCUGGACAUCCAGGGAGAGACAGAGACACUGAGACAGACACACAAUGGCCGUAGCAAUGCCAGCUGCGCUUCUCCUGCUUCUCCUCCUGGUCGCGCCGCCGGCGGCGGGCUCGUCGGAGGCGGCAGUCCGGCCGAACCCCAAGAUCGUCAACUGGGUCGCAGGCAACGCCCGCGCCUCCACGCCCGACAGCUUCGGCUCCCUCAUCUUCGACCUCUCCGUCGGGACGCCGCGGCAGACCCUCUCCUUCGUCAUGGACAUCACCGAGCAGCUCGUCUGGGCGCAGUGCCGGGAACAUGGGUUCGCGCAGUCGCAGGCGCCCACCUUCAGGCCCGGCAGCUCCUUCGCCCCGAUUGGCUGCAACGACACGGCAUGUCAGAGCCUGGCCCAGCCCCCCGACGACAACUGCACCCAUCCCGACGACCACUGCAAGUACGCAUGGGACUUCCAGCGCCGCGGCAGCGGCGCCAUGUCCGGCUACCUCGCCACCGAGACGUUCAGCUUCGGGGCCAAGUCCGUCCCCGGCAUGGUGUUCGGCUGCAGCGACAACGUCAUGGUGCGGGCCCUCGGCGGCGUCUCUGGCUUCGCCGGAUUCAGCAGGGCCCCCCUCUCCCUCGUCUCGCAGCUCCACGUCUCCAAGUUCUCCUAUUUCAUCGACCACAACAACGGCGACGACAGCAGCUUCCUCAGCCUGGGCGACGCGGGCGCCGCGCAGGCUAUGGGCAACAACAGCACGCCGCUGCUGCCAGCCACGACCAGACAGGACAGUUACCUCUACUACGUCAAUCUCACCGGCAUUCAGGUCGACGGGGAGCUCCUCGCCGACAUCCAGGCGGGGACCUUCGCCGUCCAGGAAGACGGCUCCGGCGGGGUGUUCCUCAGCACAACAAUUCCCUACACCUUCCUCCAAGAGGCCGCGUACAAGGUUCUGAAGCAGGAGCUCGCGAGCAGGAUUCGGUCACAGGGCGUAGCUCCGAUGAACGCCACAGCCGACGACCUGUGCUUCCUCAAGGAGAACUUUCGCAGCGUCAAGGUUCCGAGGCUAGCGCUGGUGUUCGAUGGCGCCGACGCGGCGAUGGAGCUCAAUGUGAAGAACUACUUCUCCAUCUACGACGAAUGGCGCACGUGCCUCACCAUACUGCCGUCGCCGAACGGCGCGGCGGCCGUCCUGGGCAGCCUGCUGCAGACGGGCAGGACCAUGACCUACGACAUUCAUGGCGACGGCGGCCAGCUGACAUUCGAGCCGGUGGCAGCGGGUGGCUCGGCGCCGGCGCAUGCGGGUGGCCCGGACCCGGCGCCGGCCCAUGCGCAUGCGGGUGCCCCUGCGCCGGCGCAUGCGUCGCUCGUCAUAACAGCCACUCUUCUGGCCUGGGUGCUCCUCCUCCAGCAGUUCUAGAGAGAUCACGCGGCAAUAAUCCUGGAGGAGAUCGAUGAUGUUAAUCGCACACAAUGAUGCACAUGUGUUGUGUUGGUCUGCGUACGUGUGUAGUUCUCUGUUGGACAUCUGCAUGUGUUGUGUUGGUCUACGUGUGCAGUUCUCUGUUGGACAUCUGCAUGUGUUCACUACCAAGCUAGCUAUCCUAGAGUGCAUGUCUUGUUGCUUGUUGCUUUAGCCAUUGUAGUCUCUGCCGUUGAUGAACCCAGGAAGACAUUUCUUGAUGUUAAAUAGUGCUUAGCGCAUUUUCAACACGGACCCUUAAACUGUAAA